AUGGCGACAACAGAUGUUAAUUCAAUUCCUGAUCCACAAGAUGCUAUAAUUGAAAUGGCACAAAUCAAUAUUGAUUCUACAGAAGCGCCACAAGCUCCAAAUGAGAUCAUGAAUGGAGAAAAAGGAAGCCUUCAGCUGAAAACAUGUUUAGAGCUUCAUAAAGCUGCCUUAAAAGGCGACUGGGAAACUGCUAAAUAUUUGUUAGAACAAGGGCCUCGAUCAAUCUUAUCUGCCACUGCAGCUGGAGUGGUGGAAAUUGCUAAGAUAAUUUUAACAAAGAAUUCAAGUCUCAUGACAAUCCGAGGCGCUGAAAAUGUGACACCACUCUACAUGGCCGCACUGUUUGCACAACGAGACAUGGCAUCUUUUUUAUACGGUAAAGAUGACACUAAAAAGGCAUUGACAGUAGAGGACCGAAAGGCAAUAUUUUUAACUUACAUCAGAACUGGUUUUUAUGAUCUUGCGUUGAAUUUGCUAAAGGAUCAUCCGGAACUUGCUGUGGUUCGUGACAUGAAUUGUGAUACAGCCUUGCAUGUUUUGGCCCGGAUGCCUUCAACAUUUGCUAGGAAAGAUCGAGGACUACUGGAGGGGCUUAUCAGUUCGUUCCCAGGAAUGAAGAUCAUGACUCACAAGAAGGACUCGAAGUCCAAUCAAGCUCUUCAACUUGUCAGCUGUCUUUGGGAAGAAAUAUUAAAACGAGAUGACUUGGAGCUUACAAGCCUACUAGGAAAACCUUCACAAUUAUCGUUUGAUGCAGCUAAAUUGGGGAACUUCGAAUUCUUGGCUGAACUCAUUGGCUAUUAUCCUGAUUUGGCUUAUGAAUUAGAUAACAAUAAUCACACCAUAUUUCAUGUGGCAGUCUUGCAUCGUCAUGCCAAGAUAUUCAAGCUAAUAUAUCAUACAGCUUUCGCCAAGGAGUUGAUGGUGACCUUUGAAGAUAAUAAGCAGAAUAACAUAUUGCAUUUAGCUGCAAAAUAUCCACAUGCAAGUCAAGUUACUAACGUAUCAGGUGCAGCUCUUCAAAUGCAAAAAGAAUUGUUAUGGUUUAAGGAGGUUGGACAGAUAGUGCAGCCUUCAUUUAGAGAAAAGAAGAAUUCAGAAAGCAAAACACCACAAGAGAUAUUUAGUGAAGAGCAUGAAAUAUUACUGAGAAGUGGAGAAUUGUGGAUGAAAAAGACGGCUGAGUCAUGUAUGCUUGUUGCAACACUCAUUACCACUAUCAUGUUCGCAACAGCUCUUAGUGUGCCAGGUGGUCCACACGCAGAGGAGACGCCGGCGGCACAAGAACAGAGGGAAGAACCAGCAAACGGGUCUAAAGACGAGGAGUCAGGCGAGAAUUCAGGCCAGGAGGAGGAUUCCGAUGAGAAUUCAGGCCAGAAGGAGUCGUCGGAGGAUCCAGGCGACGAGGAGGAGGCCGGCGAAGAUAGGAUUAUGCGGACCGUAAACUGUAGAGAGUACGAGUUGGAGCCUAUAAGUGAGAAGGUACCCUACUUCCCUGCAAGGGUGACGGUGAGGUCGAGCUGGGAGGUUUUUGACAGAAUAAGGGCCAUUUUAGCUAGAAUGAGGCAUGGUGAAAGAGAUUUUGGUGACACUUGUUUCGUCAGUUUUAAGAAUCGGACAAAGUGGAAAAAGUCAUUUUGGGGCAGGGAUGCAUUACUUUGA